AUGGCCGAACCUACGCCUGCCCAACGUUUCGCUGCUUACCUCUUUGACUCCGACGCCGACUAUCAGCAAGGUCUCCAAGGGAUCGUAGCGGGAGGAGCACUGGAGGGGCGGUCAGAGGAGGAGAAACGCGAGCUGCUCUUGCGUUCGGAAGUGUUCUACUUCAACCAUAAGACUGGACUCACCGUCGACCUCGACGAGGCGCGCGCUGCGCGUAAUGGUUCCAGCAACGUCGACGCCCCUGUGACCACAAGCGUGCAUCCACCGGCUUCGGAUGUUGCGACGGACGCAGAGCCUCCUACGCUCACCUUCGCCCAACUCAAAGCCCUAAUCGAGCAAGGGAAGACGGACGAGAUCCCGAACAACAAGACCAUCCCGAAUGUGUUGAGUACGGAUGCUCCAAGCGAAUCGAGAGCAGCGAUCCGCAAGAAACCAUGGGAAGUCGACGCUGCGGCAUGA